AUGGACAUCAUAGGGGGCGGCAGCACGACGACCGAAGCCGUUGCUUCAUGGAUUUCUUGCUGGCAGGAUGUCCGCUCCUUCGCACCCUUUUGCGACGAGAUCGAGAAAUCCAAGCGGGCCGCAGUCGAGAGCAGAAAAAGGCUUGCCAGCGAGACCAAGGUUCACCGUCGCCUCUGGUCGUCGCUCAUCGCCGCCUCCUCCGAGAGCACACACGGAGAGGGUCGCCCUCCUUCACCAGACAAUGCGGAGGAAGACCAGGAGUCUGCAUGCCCGCUUCGCAUGCAGCCCCCCCACUCCCCGAACGGCCCCUCCGAGACGCCGGCUGCUGGCGAGCACCUCAAAAGCGCAACGGAGCAGCUCCUCAAAGGGUACCAACAGGAGGUAGAUUCCCUCACCAAGCGAGCCAAAGCAGCAGAAUCCGCCUUCCUCAGCCUCCUGCAACGCCUCCUCCAGCAACCGGAUCUGAUGGUGAUCCUAAGAGAUUUGGAAGCCACAUCAAAGCUGGCGGCUUCUGCACCUUCAGCCUCCGAAUGCGAGUCUCUGAAGAGACAGCUGCAGCUCCAGGCAGACGCAGCCAGAGAGCUGGCAGAGAAGAAUGCGAAGCUGGAGAAGGAAUACUUUGAGUUGGAGUGUGAGAUUCAGCGGGCAAAAGACCAAACGAUAACCGUGCGGCUGCUAGAGCGGCAAGUGCAACAGCAGCAGCAGCAGCUGCAGCAGCAAGAGCAGCAGCUGCAGCAGCAACAGCAGCAGCUGCAGCUGGCUCUUGCUGAAAACGCCCUUCAGCUGGAGGUUGCAGAGCAAACCCAUCAGCUGGAGGACGCUCACCAGCAAAUUGCUCGGCUGGAGAGGCGGCUGCAGCAGCAGCAGCAACAGUUCGUGUCGACUCAAGAAGCGCUGGAGAGACAGGCACACGCCUUAGCGGCAGAGCUGCAGCUUCUCACGGAAGCCCAGCAGCGAGAAGUACCCAGAGAAGGAGGCAAAGGCAAUAGCGUGGCAGCGCAUACAACCAACGCACUGAAAGCAUUGCAGUCUGCGCAAGGGCGGAUAAAGGAGCUCAUGGAGACAGAGAAGAGGCUUGAGGCGGAUGUUCAGCGCGAGCAGCAAAUGCGAUCCCGACUGGAGGAGGCGCAUGCCAAGGCUCUUGCUGCCGCCUCUAAGAAAGCCGAGGAUCUUGGCAUGCGUCUCGUGAAGCUGGAGGUAGAACUGGCGCAAAGGGCAAGAGGGGUAUUACCGGCACCCCGCUGUGCUCGCUCCCUGUUUAGCCUCUAUUGUGGUGUAUGUGUGUAUGCCGCUCGCGCGUUGAGUGCUCCAGAAAGACAGCUGGGGGUGUUGUACUUUCUUGCCUCCGCCCCCGCCCCCCUGGGGUUUUUUUUCGAUCCCUCUCCCUCCUGUGCAUGCGCUCUUGUUGGGAGGCGAGCAGCAGCCCGCACGGCGGAAGUGCAGGAUCUGCACCGCGAACGGCUUUCAGGAAGCUCCGGGAGGCUCCCUGUGGGCUCUUCUGCCAGUUCUGGGUUGGCAGCGGAUCCGCGCGAUGCGCUGUUGUCAAGUCUCCGGGAUGAGAACGCGCGUCUGCGAGAAGAGCUGAAAGCUGCGCAAGAGGCUGCCGAAAAAGCCUCGGAGGCGAGGUCUGCUCGACUUGACGGAGUUCAAGCCCUUGAACCCAGCCUUCACGCGCUUCAUCCUGCUGCUGCCGAAGCCGCGGCUUCUGGGGGGGCCCCUCCUACGGCGGGUUCUGUGGGGACGGGCGUCUUGCAGCUAGUUGUCGCCCAGCGCGAAGCCUACAAAUCUAAGCUUGCUGAGACCGAGCAAGAGAGAGACUCUUGGCGCGCCGCAGCGCUGAGUGAGCAGCAGAGCCGUGCGGCACUCGCCGUCGAGAACUACAGCCUCUCCUGCGCCCUGAGGGAGGGGGGGGCCUCGCACCCAAUUAACGCCCCAGAGGCGAACCUGGUGGCCCUCCGGGGGGCCCCCGGACCUUCGGGGGGCCCCCCCCCCGCCGUGGAGAUACUCGGGGCCUACAGCGACGGGGAGGGGGCAGAAAGCCUCAGCGAGGAGACUGACGGCGCAGCAGCACCCCUGCCCUUUGUGACAAGCCUUGGGCAACGAAGGCGGCAGCACAGGAGUCGGCGAGGCCCCCCCUCCUUCGUAAAAGGCGUCAUGGCCGUGGCAGACUGCGUGGCAACUGCUGCUGCAGAUACAGCGCGCAGCAUUCUGGGUUCCCGGGGGGGCCCCUGCGCAGACACCCGGGCCUCGCGCACCCCGGAUUCGACAGCAGACGGCCGCAACACGCCGGCGCGGGGCAGCGGACGCCUCCAGCAGCAGCAGAACUGGCAACAUCUGAGUGUUGGCGAGAGGGUUGUUGUCAUUUGGGGCCGCAUGCUCCUGUCCUCGAGAGCUACGAGAACUUUCGCGCUCAUCUACUUCACUUUGCUACACACGUUGGUCUUUCUAGUCCUCUUCUUCGCAGCGGACUCCGCCUCGAGCGCAGGAGGCGGGGGGCCCCCAAACGUGCACGCGUAUCUCAACGAGUAG